UCAUUACACCUGUGAAGGAAACAGCGGGUCUAUCAACUUGACUGAUUUGGAACCCUUUCAGAAAUACAACUGUAGUGGAAAGAUUACUCACAACAGUAAAGUCAUCAAUACCAAGUCCAUUGACGUUGAAAUCAAGUGUAAAGUGGACAUUACCCAAAGGUCUACAAACACAAACACCUCCAUAAGCCUUAAAUGGACCAAUCACAGCAUUAACUGCCCCAGAAAUACUCAGCUAUUUCACUCCUGCGUUUCCUGUAGAAUUGAGACUGUUAAAGUUAAAGAUUGUUACACCACGGAUGAAUUACAUGAUGAUUUUAAUAAAUUGCAGCCGUUCACAAAUUAUAUCUGUUCAAUUGAGCCAAGGUACAAAGACAUGAGCUACGAUACACUCAAAAAAGUGUCUGAGACAAUCCUAACUGCACCUGGAGUACCUGAUGAGGUGGGGGGGAAAACGAGUGUGACUUAUACUCAGAACAAUGCUUUUACCAUUAUAUGUGAGGAAUUAAAGCCAGUUCAGUGGAAGGGAAAAGAGAAGUGGUACAUUGCAACGAUCACUGGGUCUGAGACAAAACAACAAAACCAUACAAGAUGCAAUUUUACAUUUGCGGACCUCGGCUAUUUAACAGACUACACAGUUAAGAUCAUUACAUACAAUGGGAAAUACAAUAGUAAACCAAUAGAAACACACAUUACUACUCGCUACAAUGACAAAGCUGUGAUUGGGUUCCUUGUGUUCCUCAUGAUCCUGACGUCUCUGGCUCUCCUCUUCUUUCUCUACAAGAUCUACAACCCGCAGCGCAAGACGUCCAACUGUAUCCUGGAGCUUGAUCUGGAGGUCUUGGAUCUUUGGGAUCAGCUCCUGGUGUUCGGCUGA